UUCUUAAUUAUGAAGGCAUACAAGGUAUAGCUAUAUCCUCUGUCUAAGAUCUGACAGAUUUCUUCUAUAGAACAAUUUGAAUCGGAAUCAGCACAAGAAUACCAAGACUCCUUUAUUUUCAAACCAUGGCUCACUUACAUCCAGUAUUAUUGGCAAAUAUAAGAGAGAUCAUAAAGUGUCCUCUAUGAGCAAGAGCCGAGUAAAGAGUAUAACCAGAUCUCCUGUUUGUGAAAAAUCUCCCAAAGUACAAAAAUUCAUGAAUAAAUGAGUUAAAUACAAUCAAGAAAAGUAUAAUUCAAAAUCAUUUGUUCGAGCAAAGACGCCUAAUUUAGGGCGUAUAGACGAAUUAGCUACAAGAAGGAGCUUUUCUAAAGCUGAUAAACAUCAAAAAACAACUCGGGAUCGGAAAUUAAUCAGGCAUAACCAAAAAGAGGAAACUAAUAAACAUGAAUCUGUUAAAAUAGCCAGUCCAAAAAGGACUGGAGUAAAGAAGAUUUCUCAACCCUCAAGAUCUCCUAACGAUCCUAGUUCUGAGAAGAAGAUGCAUAAUCCUUUCUUCAACAACAACAAUGAGGAAAAGAAGAACAAAAGGGUCAGAAUUAAGCAACCUAUCUUUGAUAAUAAUCAAGAAGAUGAGGAAGAGGAGCCAAGGCCCAAAGUGAAAUUCUCCCUACCAAAUAAGGAGAAUAUUGACCAUAAUACUCCUCCUACACAAUCAAAGAGCUACGAUAAAGAACUGGAGAAGAUCACAAAGACUAACUUAGAACUCAAGGAUAUAAUCCAGAAGAUGGCGGAAAGCCACCUCGCUGAGAAGAAAAGGAUGGUUGCAAGAUUUGAGAAGGAAACUGAGAAUUAUUUCAAGUACUACCAGUUCUUCCAUGAUAAUGAACCCAAACUUAAGCAGAUGGAGAAAGAUACAGCUGUCUUAAUAUCUGAAAAGAAGGAAAUGAAGGCAAAAAUUACUCAGCUCCAGGCUGAAGCUAAUAAGGCAAAAUCUAAUUCUCAGGCAACAAAAUCUUGAUGAAAUUGAGAGAAAUACGGUACUUUUUGAGAGAACCUUAAGUUCAAGCUUAUGGAAUCCCUUCAUGAAAUCAUGAGGGAUGAUAAGUCAGCCCAGUCCAAGGUGAGCAGCUGCCAGAAAGUAGUUGUUAGGGCUCUUAAUGAAGUAAAAUCUUUUCUUAGUGCUGAAGAUACUCAUACUAGAAGUAUGUCUCUCAUGCAAGAAUCGAUUACAGCUCCUGACAUUAAAACUUACAAUACUGAUAAUGAUGAUGAAUUAAUUAGAACGGUUGAAGAAGCUUUGUUAAUUGUCAGGAAUGACAGCUGUAAAAGGUCUAAUUUUAAGUCACAGAGAUCUCUCAGUUCUCUUGAGUUCAACAAAUCUCCAGAGUCUAAGUUCUCGAAAGGAAUAUUCUCGCCUGAAUUUGUGAAUAUCAAUACCAAAUCGAGCCAUAAUUUGCUCCAGUCUCAGCUCAGGAAUAGUGUUAAUGGAAUGAGAGAUGCUUCCUUCCGAGAUGUGAUUAAUGAGAGUUUUGGGAAAGCCAUCCCAGAAAGCCCGAAAAAUAAGGGAAUGGAACACCCAGAGGAUAUUAUGGGAAAGAAACGCUACACAAACAACAACCAAGAAUCUCAGGAUGAGGAAUUAGAAAUAGGCUCAAGACAGGAUGAGAAAGACCCCUCAAUUGACCAGACCUCGGACGACGACACUGUUGUGGAUAAUGUUAUCAAUAAGAUCACAAAUGUGAGAUCGAAAGCCAAGACUAAUCAAAGAUACAAGAAAGGUAUUGAUAUGAAUGAGUUCGAGUUCAUAAACGAGAAUAUAUUCACAAAAAGUAAUGAUCUUUACUGACCUAUCUCAAGUCGGGAUUCUACUUUGGAUAACAUAGAGGGUGAAAACGAAAAGAAAGUCGGGUUUAAUCUUCCAUUGCAAAUUGAACAUAAGAAGAAGCCACAGAAAGAGAUUGAGCUAGCAGUCUGUCUUUUCGAUUUUGAACCACAAAAGAAGUCAGAUCUAGGAUUUAAGGCUGGUGAACGAAUCAAAAUUGUGUCUAGAAGUGAUACUACCAACUGGUGGUUUGGCUCAAUCGGGUCUAGAGAAGGAUAUUUCCCCAAGAACUUCAUUGAGCUCAAGAAGGUGUCUAAAUAA